GGUAUUCGGUCAUGCGUGCAUCUGAUAAUACCUACUAACCUACACAUGCUCGAUAUCUAAUCUACCUACAUGGUAAACCCUGCUACGUUGCAUGUGCAGAUCCUUUACAAUCUGAUUUCCCCUCAUUUCAGUUUUCCGCAGUCAAUCGACCUAUGAGGCGAGGUAUUCUGCCGGAUCAGCCAGCGAUUCUUGGCCCUGUUCCGGAUAAGAGGCCUAUCUACUCGGCAAUCUGGAUGGUAGCACGGGUGGUAAGGGGGGAACGAUAAGGGAAAAGCAGAUGCAUAGGAGGUAGCUAGAUAAAAUGGACACGCGAUCCCACCACUACGGUACUUUCGCAAAUACCUCCGCAAAAAGUUCCAGCCCUAUGGAUGUCCCUCGCGCAGCAGGCGUCGAUAAGACGACUACUACAAUGGUCGCGCGAAGCGACGAGCCGUCGAAGUCGGGCGAUGCCGAUGUCGCGUUGGCUGAGGCCGUGCGGCGCGAGCAUGGCUUGACGUUCUGGGAAGCGGUGAGACUAUACCCGACUGCUGUCGGCUGGUCGGCGUUCGUCUCGAUAGGUGUGAUCAUGUUAGCUUUCGAUCCUCAGAUCGUCGGGAAUAUGUUCGCCAUGCCCCAAUUCCAAAAGGACUUUGGGUUCGAGCUUGAUGGUGAAUAUGUCAUUCCGGCGGCGUGGCAAACUGGUUUGUCGUUGGGAAAUCCCCUCGGGCAAGUCGUUGGCGCAUUGUUCUCAGCCUAUCCCUUGGAGCUGCUCGGCCGCAAGUGGACGUUUUUCGGUUGCAUCCUCCUGACGGCAUGUCUCGUCUUUAUCCAAUUCUUCGCCCGUUCCCUGCAGGCUCUACUCGUAGGAGAACUGCUGGGCGGGCUCGUGCUGGGGUGCUUCGUCGUUAUCGGUCCAACUUACGCCUCUGAGGUCUGUCCUAUGGCACUCCGUGGAUUCCUGACCAGUUACACCAACCUCUGCUUCGUUACGGGACAACUUCUCGGAAAUGGGAUUACGGCUGGGACGGCCUCGUUCGAGAAUCAUUGGGCAUAUAGUAUACCCUUCGCACUGCAAUGGUUCUGGGUUGUGGUUAUUAUUCCCGGGAUCUUCUUCAUUCCGGAGUCGCCAUGGUGGCUGGUGAGAAAAGGUAGAAUAGAAGAAGCCAGGGGCGCAUUACGUCGACUAUCAUCCUCAAAAGUAGACGUCAAUGCCACAUUGGCCGUCAUCGCCGAAACAGAUCGACUCGAGCUGGAGAUGGAAGCAGGCAGUACUUACCUGGACACUAUAAAAGGAAUUAAUCUGCGGCGGACUGAGAUCUCCACCGGCGUAUAUACAACACAGGUCCUGAGCGGCAUCUACUUGAUUAACUAUGGGACUUAUUUCUUCGAGCAGGCAGGAUUGCCGACUCAGGAUGCUUUUUAUAUGGGCAUCGGAUUCUUGGGCGUGGGUUGGGUGUGCACUGUGUUAUCCUGGUUCCUCAUCGCUCGCUUCGGCCGAAGACGCAUAUUCAAUAUCGGGCUAUCUGUUCUUAUCGUUCUGAUGUUCGUAAUCGGUAUCUUGGACAGCAUCCCUGGUCGACCUUCGGGUGUGGCUUGGGCCGAAAGCUCGCUCAUGUUGAUUUGGAACGGUGCAUAUGACCUGUCAGUCGGACCUAUCACCUUUGUGAUUUUGGGAGAGUGUUCCGCUACCCGUGUCCGAUCCAAGACGAUUGCGGUGGCCACGGCGAUACAAGCGGUCUUUGGGAUCGCAAUGACGGUUGCGAUUCCGUAUAUGAUCAACCCAGCAGAGGCGAACAUGCAGGGCAAAUUGGGAUAUUUCUUUGGUGGGUUGGGGAUCAUCUGUCUUAUUUGGUCCUACUUUCGGAUCCCCGAAACGAAAGGGAGAACGUACGAAGAGUUGGAUAUUCUGUUCGAUAGGAAAGUUCCUGCUAGGCAGUUCAAGGGAUAUCAAGUGGAUAUUAAUGCCAUAGCAGCCGAGAGUUGAGUAUUGUAGCAUGUUAACAUUUAGGUAUGGCCAAUGUUGGAUUAUUAAAUAAUAUAUAAUAUUAUGAUACUAUUUAAGUCUCUCUCGGGCCCUUUCAUGUUAUAAGUAUUGGCAUAUUAGUAUUGAAA